CAGCAUGCUCCUCUCAUGAAGCAGGGGGAAAGCCCUGCUGGACUUUCCACGCACCCGCUGAGCCGCAGCUUCCCAUUGGGCAAUGGGCCGGUGGGCGGGGCCAGUUUGAACGGGCGGCGGCGGGGAGCGGCGCCAUGGUGAAACCGCUGAGGGAUCGGGAUCGGGAUCGGGAUCCCGGUACCGCCGAGGGUCCCGGCCCCACGAUGAGCCCCCCGCUCUCCCCGCAGCCCGCUGCGGCGCCAGCCGACGGCUUCGCCUCCUCAGACGAUGAGGCCACCGAGGAGGACCCGAGCCCGCUCCACAUCUCCUGGUUGUCUUUGUCUCCUCUCUACUCUUCAGAGUUCCUGGGACUAUGUUCCCUUCCAGGUUGCAGGUUUAAGGAUAUCAGAAGAAAUCUUCAGAAGGAUAUGGGAGAACUAAAGAGCUGUGGGAUCCAGGAUGUUUUUGUGCUUUGUACCAGAGGAGAGCUCUCAAAAUACCGAGUACCAAACCUGAUUGACACCUACCAGCAGCACGGGAUGUGUGUGCACCACCACCCCAUUCCUGAUGGGAAUGCUCCCGACAUUGCCACCUGCUGCAAGAUCCUGGAAGAGCUCAGAGCCUGCCUGGAAAAUAAGCAGAAAACAAUGAUACACUGUUAUGGUGGCCUUGGACGCUCAUGUCUGGUGGCUGCCUGUCUCCUGCUCCAGCUUUCAGACACCCUGGCACCUCAGCAGGUGAUAGAGAGCCUCAGGAAGCUGAGAGGAUCAGGGGCCAUACAGACCAUCAAGCAGUACAAUUUCCUCCAUGACUUCCGGGAGAAGCUGGCUGCACACCUGGCCACAAAGGAGCCGCUGCUCAGGUCGGCGUCGCGGUAGCUGAUCCUGCCAUGGGUGCCUGUGUGGAAAACUCCUGGACAAGACACUUCUCUCCUGACCUUUCCUCAGUGCUACUGCCUGUGUGACACAGCUGCUGCCUUCUAAAUCCAUGUGUAAAGCAUUGGGAUGGGGAAGGAAAUGCUAGAGAACAUGUGGCAUCUUCCCCUCUUUGGUGAUUUUAAUACUCACUGCCUGAAAAAUGCA